AUGGCGACUCGCGUUACUCGCUCUAAAUCAAAGUACUUUGCCGACUCCAGAGAGGCAGAAGAGCCGAAAGAUGAAGAAGGAGAAGAAGAAGAAGUGGAAGUAAAAGUUAAAGUUCAGCCAGCGGAAAAGCCUGUUUCGACAAAAAAGUCUGCCGCCGUCAAAGUGCCGUCGAAGCCAGCGAAGAAGAAGAAGGACACCGGUAAACAACUGCCAAGCAACUGGCGAACGGUCUACGAUAACAUCGUCAAGAUGCGCGCCGAAACGCCAGCCGCAGUCGACACGAUGGGCUGUGACCAGUGCGUGGACGCGGACGGCGACGAGAAGGUGCGCCGCUUUCAGUGCCUGGUCUCCCUGAUGCUCUCCAGUCAGACGCGAGAUCCGAUCACCUUCGCCACCAUGGAGCAGCUGAAGAGCCAGGGGCUGAGCGUGCAGUUCAUCGAGGACAUCGACACGGCGGAGCUGGAGCGGCUGAUCAAGUCG